GCUGAUGUGUUCUUGUCGUGGUCUUUUGCACGUGAUGUCAUCUUGCAUGUGACGUCCCUGGAAGCCGAUGCGUUGGAUAUCAAUUGGGCUUGAAUGCGCUUGGUCUUGUUAGAUCCAGAGGCAUUAUCGUCCAUAACAUAUGUCAGUUCUCCAUUAUCCUGGGUUAUGUGAGGAGAUGGAUGGCUCAGAUAAAAGAAAACAGCGUGGAUAAUGCGAGUGUUGCGAAAUAGUCUAAGACGGAAUUUGUCACGUGUUUUUUUCGUUGCUUAGAGUCAUCGGCCACCGUGUCUCGAGCGAGGAGCGCCUGCGGAGGGAACAGGCGCGUGCGCACAAAUAAGCGUCGAAUAUUUCAUAUUUCCCCCUCCCCCUUCCUCACAAGUGCGGUUAAUCCGCAACUUGGAUUAAUUCGCACGCUUAAUAAAUCUAGAGCUUAAUUGCUGUUGUUACAGGUUGGUGCGUAAGUUACUCUCUCUGCACGACUCGGACGGAGCUUGCUGACGCGUUAAUUGGGGGACACGGUGCAAGCCACCGCCACUGUGAAGAGCCAAGGUCCAGGGCAGAAUGGCGAGUAUAGAGCCGCUCCAAUCGAAUCUCACCGUGCAUCCACUUCCCACCGAUGUGCACCAUUCAGAAAAUGACGUUGGGAAAUUUCAGCUUUUGUUGCAGAGUCACACGGAACUGGAACAACGUUCAGGAAGUAAAUCAACGGGCGUGGGUAGAGUCUAGAACAACAAGGAGGGGGGUUAAUGUGGUAGUGGUUUUGAACGCAUUUUUAGAUUGAACCUACCACGCAACGUUUUCACUUCUACCAUCUUUCACGAGCGCGAUGAACGGGAGCACGAUUAACGGCACCGCUGGUAACUCGACCGCGGUGCGAGCCGGGGACACCCUGCGUAUGGCGCUCACCGUUGUGUCCACCCUGCUCAUGUGCUUCGUCAUGCUGGCGCUCGGCUGCUCCGUGUGCCUUGACCGCAUCCUGCAGCACCUCAAGCGCCCGUGGGCCGGGCUGACCGUGGGCUUCGUCUGCCAGUUCGGGGUCAUGCCGCUCGCGGCGUUCGCGCUGGCGCGCGGCCUGCGGCUCGGCUCCGCAGAGGCGUCAGCCGUCCUCAUUUUGGGGUGCUGCCCGGGGGGGUUGGCCUCCAACCUCAUAUCGUACUGGCUCGACGGAGACAUGGACCUCAGCAUCAGUAUGACCAUAGUCUCGACUAUCCUGGGACUCGGCAUGAUGCCACUGUGCCUCUACAUCUACAGCAGAUCGUGGCUCGAUGAUACGACUUUCGUCAUCCCCUACAACACCAUCGGAAUCACGCUGGCAUUGUUAGUCAUUCCGGUCAUAUUAGGAAUGCUCCUUCGUCACAAGUGCCCUGUACACGCCUGCCGCAUGCUCAAGUUGGGCACGGUGGUGGGCAGCCUGGUGCUCGUGGUGACGGCGGUACUGGGCAUCAUCUCCUACAACAGCCUGCAGAACAUGAGCAUGCACAUCUGGUUCAUCGCGGCUGCCUUGCCACUCAUCGGAUUUCUCCUGGGUUAUGUUCUCGCCAUGCUGUUCCGGCAGCCACCGUUCAGGUGCCGCACGAUCAGCGUGGAGACUGGCGCUCAGAGCAUUCACCUGUGCAGCGGCGUGCUGCAGAUCUCCUUCCCGCCGGAGCAGCUCGCUCUCAUGUUCUCUUUCCCCAUCGCCUACAGCGUCUUCCAGUUGGUCUACGCCAUCCUCAUGAUCACUGGUUAUAAGAUUUACAAGCGACAGCGGAAGGUCCAGGUGAGCGUGGACCAGGAGGCAGUGGCGCCCAGCCUCGUCAGCUACCGCGAAGGGCAUCGCAAACAAACCACGGCGGGCCACGACGGGGCCGAUGCAGGCGCCAGUGAGAUCGCCGCGGACAAAACGCGACCUUGACCGCCUCGCAACGUCCUUGCAGCCCCACAAAUGCCCUCGUGUCACUUCUCGCACAGCCCUCGCAGCUCCCCCUCUCUCACAUUUCGACGCCACCUCCUCGGUCCCCAAUCACUUUCACCUGGCUCACGUGGAAGCAUAGAAGUAACGAACAAUGUACUGGCUUCGAGCGCUUUAUUCGGUACCAAUCGAUGCGUUCCGAAAAAAGUAGCGCACACAGCGAAACCGCACUCGGGGGACAGCUGCCUGCCGAGUAGCAUACGGUGCAGUAUACACCGUACACACACAGCACACACGGUACAUACACAGAGCCGCAUCUCAGUGAAUGCAAACGGCAUAUUGCGAAUUUUGAGAAGAAAAGGGUGAGCCGCAUAUCACGCGAAAUCACACAAACCGAAGGGGCAUAUAAAGCGAGACUGUUUGCUGCACUGCCCUUUGACGAGCUGUUUGGUCAUGGCGAUAGUCGUCCAUCUCAACACUAUCCAGGCACACCUCUGGGUCCCUGCUUAGCUUCUCCGAUAUCAGGCACAUUCCAUGUGAUUUUAAAAUAUAUACCAACGAUGUAAAUAUAAAAUUUAUAUCAUUUGGAUUGUAUUUUGGAAACUACAAAAAGACCAUAAUUCAUAGGUGGUGAAGGUUAAUCGAUGAUGGUAUGGGUGACUGCAUCCAAACAUAAAGUUUACAUGCUUAAACAUGCACACUUCCAUAUGUGUCAUUUGUACUUCUUUGUUUGCUGUAGUUUCUCAUAAAAACAUGUUGUGACAACA